AUGGCAACAACAAAAAAUAUUGUGUUGUUGUCAGCCGCUGCUGUUUGCGUCUUUGGAAUAUUAUGCGUAUCAGCUGGAGGUGGAGGCGGGUCCCACAAAAAAAUUAUCAUUCAUGUACCAUACAAAAUCCAUCACAUCCAUCACACACAUACAAUCUAUAAAAAAGUAGGUGGUCAUGGAGGCGGUGGCGGUGGUGGUCAUGGUGGUGGCGGUGAUCAUGAAUAUUACAAAGUAAUUGGAUACAGUGGAGGUAUUGAUAGUGGUGUUGAAGUAUCACAUGGAGGUGGCGGCGGUGGUGGUCAUGGCGGUUAUGGAGGCGGUGAUGAUCACGGAUAUGGAGGCGGUAGCUACGGAGGUGGAAGCAGCAGCCACAUUGAAUAUAGUGGCGGUCAUGGUGGUGGCGAUGGUGGUUAUGGAGGUGGUGACGAACAUAGCAGUGGUGGACAUUACCACUAA